GGAACUACCGCCAAAGAGCCGCUCAUAUUUUCAAAUGUUGAACUUCGGACAUAUUUGUCCGCGAUUUUAGUAGCUAAUUACCUACUUAAAUUUACAUAUGCAUAUUUUCAUAAUGGUUUAUGACGCUCCAUGGCUUUUUUGAGUAACACAUGAGAUUGUUAUUGUUGGAGGAAACUAUAAUUCAACAUCAGUGGUCAGAUCCUCAGGAUGGAAAAUGGCAGUGUAUCCAGCAAAGGAGGAGAAGGACUCCUCUCCAGAAUGGCCCUCAAUGACAACAAAGCUGGUAUGCAGGGUCUUGACAGAGACAAAAUCAACAAGAUCAUCAUGGAGUCAUCAAAGGGAUCCAAGUUUUAUGAGAAUGAGCUGAGGAGAGAGGAGCAGGUGAACCAGCGCAUUGAAAAAAUGAUGCUUCAAAAAGCACAAAUCACAGAGCAACAGUUAAAGAAAGCACAAGCUCACGUGGAGAGGAUGGUCUCUGAGCUGGAGAAGAGGCGCGAUCUAAGCCGUGUGAUUGUGCACGUGGACAUGGACGCUUUCUACGCUGCAGUGGAGACCAGAGACUGUCCUGAACUGAAGGGCAAGCCCAUGGCUGUAGGAUCCAUGAGCAUGCUGUCCACGUCCAACUACCAUGCUCGGAAGUACGGCGUUCGGGCCGCCAUGCCUGGAUUCAUAGCCAAAAAACUCUGCCCUGACCUAAUCAUCGUUCCAUGCAAUUUCAAUAAAUAUAAAUCAGUGAGCAAUGAGAUCAGGCAGAUAUUUGCAGAUUAUGAUCCUUUUUUCCAGCCUGUGAGUCUGGACGAAGCCUAUCUGGACUUUACAGAGCACCUGGAACGAAGGAAGAGCUGGCCAGAGGCCUCACGGACACAUUACUAUCGCUCCAGCAGCACGGCUACAGCGGAAUUUGAGCACCCGCAGGAAUCCGAGGUGAAAGGCUUCUCACCCGUGCUGUUUGAGGACAGCCCGAGUUCUUCUGAGGCUUUGUCGAGUUCUGGAGCAGGCGAUGCGACCGGUCCGGCCACUGAGGUUUUUGGGGCGUCUGUGGAAGAGGCUGUCAGGGAGAUGCGCUUCCGCAUUGAGCAGAAGACCAUGCUGACUGCAAGUGCAGGCAUUGCGCCAAACAUGAUGCUGGCCAAGGUGUGCAGUGACAUGAACAAGCCCAACGGACAGUACAGACUGCCGUCCGCCCGAGUCAUGGACUUCAUCCAGGACCUCCCAGUUCGCAAAGUGUCAGGCAUUGGGAAGGUGAGCGAGAAGAUGCUGAAUGCCCUGAGCAUCAGUAGCUGUGCUCAUCUCGGUCAGCAGAUGGCGUUGUUGUCUUUGUUGUUCUCGGAGACGGCCUGGCAUCACUUCAUGCAGGUGUCCCUGGGUCUGGGCUCCACGCACAUUGUGAGGAAUGAAGAAAGGAAAAGCAUGAGCACAGAAAGAACAUUUAAGGAACUAAACAGGCCUGAGGAGCAAUUCUCGUUAUGCAGAGAACUGUGUGAAGACUUAGCACAAGACCUGAAAAGAGAAGACCUCAAGGGUAAAAACGUCACGCUGAAGCUGAAAAAUGUGAAUUUUGAGGUGAAAACCAGGGCAGUGACGCUGCCGUGCGGCGUCGCCACUGCGGACGAGAUCUUUGCCACGGCCAAAGACCUGCUGAAGACAGAAAUUGACAAUGAAAGUCCACAGGCGCUGAGGCUGAGGCUCAUGGGUGUUCGUAUCUCCGCCUUUGUCACCACGGAUGAUAAAAAGCACCUGCAGAAGAGCAUCAUUGGUUUCCUCCAGCCUGGCAAAUCAGACACUGGGGGCGACACCCAGGAAAUCCAUCAUCAACACGUUGAAGGGGAUCAUCCGUCAUCUUGUCCUCUCACAGCACAAACAUGUCCGACUAAAAAAGAGCUUCCCUGGCCGUCACAGAAAAAGAGCUUACAGGAAGACCAGACAUGUGAAAGACCUCCGCAGUCUUUCUUUCAAAGAGCUCAUGCUAAGAGACUGCAGCAGAACGUUGACAUUGUUACUCCCACACAUGAUGACACUGAUGCCCAUAAAAGGGCGGAGUCGUCAACAAAGAGGGAGGAGCCAAAGAGUAACAUGUCACGUUUAGACAAUGAUGUCCUUUUAGACGCUGGAGCGUCCACAUCGGCUUCAGCAUUGGACAAACUUACCUGUCCUGUGUGUUUCAGGCAGGUGAGCACAGAUGAUUUGAAUGUCUUCAACAGCCAUAUAGACCAGUGUCUCACUAAAGGCUCCAUCGAGCGCCAUAUGUCGGACUCGUCUGACUCGACGGCAACAUCCGAGGUUGAGAUGCACAAAGACACAGUAAAGGACAAUGGACAUGUGGAGUCAAAAACCAUGAUCAGUGUUGACGGUGGAACAGUGACCUCGCAACGUCCUCAGUCAUCUGCUAGUGAAGGUCCCGUCCUCAUCUGCCCGGUGUGUCAGCUGACCCAGGACACGAGUGACCUCACUAUAUUCAAUCGCCAUGUUGACGUCUGCCUGAACCAGGAAGUGUUGCAUGAGCUGGGAACUUCAUCAGCCUCAGCUGAAGGCACAAAAAGCAACGUGACAGCAGACAGAAGCAUCUUUCCGCCAAGGCACGCGGGGAGAGGUAAAACCAAAAGACAUGACUCAUUGUCAUCGUUGCCCGCCAAAAAGGCCAAAGGUCUCAACACCAUUGACAGGUUCUUCAGGUGACAUUCAUUAUUCAAAGAUGCUUGAAAAAUGUUUAGACAAACCUGUUGACAAAAAAAUCAUGCAUAUCAAAAUAAUGGUCAUAUUUUAUAACCAUAAUGUAUUAUUCAAAGAAGAAGAAAAACCUCAGAUUUUUUAUGUUUAAUAUGCCAAAUGGGUGAUGAUUAUAUUUAUUACAUGCUAUUUCGGGAAUAUUCUAUUUAUUUAUUUAUUUUAAAUGGUGAUGUUUAGCAAUAAAUUAAUUUUUUUGUUUUAUAAAGGGAUGCUGCAACAACAAAAAAUCACACAUUUUGUUUCUACAUAACUAAGCAGCUUCUGUGCUAAAUUUCAACCAGUUAGAUGUCAGACUCAAGGAUCAGGUGCCAUAUCUGACCCGCCACAUUGUUUUUCUGUGUCCCGUGGAAGCUUGGAAAUA